AUGGGGAACGCAAAAUCAAGUGAGACAACAAAAAAUUUACAAGCAGAAAGCGACAAGAUUUCAGUGGAUACUCGUAAGAGGCCAAGUCUAAAUAGUCAGUUAAAGAAAGGAUUGUUGAACACAUCACAACGACAAAUUGUGAAGGGCUGCUUGGAUAGUGCUAAAGAGGAUUUCGUCGAUCGGAUAUACAGAAGAGUUUACGAUAAGAAAGAAGAAUUUCGCAUCUUCGAAUUUAAAUCAGAUUUGUACUCUUCCUUACGUGAAUUUCUUCCUAAAGUUGUCGAAAAAUUAACAGAUGCUGAAGAAGUUCGACGACUUUCUGAAGACCUCGGAGCAAAAUAUCUCAAAUUCCGUGUUUUUGGUUUUAAAAACGAUUUCUUCGGUGCGAUCGCGGAUGCCGUAACUACUGAAUGCGUUUUUCUUGAUGCAUCUGUGCAUCCCACGUCAGAGACUUUAGCUGCUUGGUGA